AUGGGGAAUCUUCUCAUCAUCAUGGUUGUAGCCCUAGACCACCACCUUCACAGCCCCAUGUACUUCUUCCUGAUGAAUUUGUCCAUCCUAGACCUCGGCACCAUCUCUGUCACCGUCCCCAAAUCCAUGGCUAAUUCCCUCAUGAACACCAGGACCAUUUCCUAUUCUGGAUGUGUGGCCCAAGUCUUUUUUGUCGUCUUCUUUGCUGUAUCUGACUUUGCCUUACUCACCAUCAUGGCGUACGAUCGAUAUGUCGCCAUCUGCAAACCAUUGCACUAUGAGACUAUAAUGAACAGGAGAGCUUUUUUCCAAAUUGCAGCCAGUGCCUUGAUUAAUGUAAUUGUCUAUUCUUCAUUGCACACCAGGAACAUAUUUGCAAUCUCCUUCUGUGGUGGUAACGAGUUGGAUCAGUUCUUCUGUGAAAUUUCCCAGCUACUCAAGCUCGCCUGCUCUGACACGUACCUUGGUGAAGUUGAGAUCUUCCAAACAGUGCUGAGAAUCCCCACUGAGCAGGGUCGGCAUAAAGCCCUAUCCACCUGCCUCCCUCACCUCAUUGUGGUCUCCUUGUUUGUUUCCACUGGCAUCUUUGCUUACCUGAAACCCACCUCCAGCUCUCCAUCAGGUCUGGAUCUCAUGGUGGCUGUUCUUUAUUCCGUGCUGCCACCAGUGAUGAAUCCGAUCAUCUACAGCAUGAGGAACAAGGAAAUCAAAGCUUCCCUGAGGAAACUCACUGGCUGGAGGUUAUUCAGCAAGAAUAAAGUGUCUAUAUUUCUCUUAUGA